CACUACACUACACUACUACAUACAAGCUUAGAUACUUCAAAAUGAAAUUUGUUUUCGCCGUUUUGUUCAUCUUUGCUGUAAUGGCUGAAAAUAAAGUAUUCGCUCAAGGGCAAGGUCAAGGUGGAGGACAAAUGGAAGGAUCCGGAGGAGGACAAAUGGGAGGAAGCGGAGGAAUUGAUGCUACGGGAAACAUGGGAGGAAGCAUGGGAGGAAUGGGAGGAAAAUAAAUAUGAUUUUAAUUUGAUAUAAUUAUACAAAUGUGACAAUAAAGAAG